AUGAGAAGAAGUUUCGGUGAACUGAGAAAGUCCCUCGUCGGGAGACCUUAUUUGAUAUCGUCCUUUCGGUAUAGUAAUUUGGUGAUUUUUUGCGAUGGGUCUAUGGACUUUGUGUACGGGCUGUUUAAUAAUCGCGGAUAUGCGGAAUAUACGAAAUCUGUAAAUGUUACUUUAUCACCGCGUAUUCCGGAUGAUAUUAAUGUCACUUCCAUGUCCGUCACAAAUGAUGGAUCGCUUAUUGCUCUUUCCUCUGCAGAUAAUCUCUUUAUUGUGCGAGUAUCCACGGAUUUGUGGGCUUCGAAAUCUGAGAACUAUAUUCCCCUCGAUCAGUACGUUUGCGAGCUUGAAGGGGUGCACCCUACUCUCUUUGAGUCUAUAAGACCUCCACACGUCCUGCAAUUACGGUGGAUAUUUGCUGAUUCCUUCAACUCUAUGGUCAACUUUCUUGCAGUGCUCUUUGAUGAUAACCGUAUAAGAUUAUACCGAGCAGAGAAUAUAUGUGACGUCCCGUAUGCCGUAAUUGACUACUCAUUAUUUAUGUGUGCUAACGACCGACCCCAGGAAACCCCGGGAUCGAAUUCGUACGGUCUCUUCAAGUCUAUUGUGUCAUUUGAUUGUCUAGCCUUACCAGAAGAGAAUCCUGUCGUGAUAGCAAUUGAUUCAGAAGGAGAAAUGUACGCGACUGUGAUCAGUGUCAUCAGUAAUGCCCAACCAAUUGUUCGACCUCUUGUUCCUCCUUCAGCUCUGCCUUGUGAUCCUGUAGGCAUCCAAAUUGUUGAUCACCCCAUGAAUGACAUCUUCUCUAUUUUUGCUAUCCUUUCGUCUGGAAAUGUUAUUUCCUUUGUAAUAGCUCUUCCUGACGAACAGUGCGGUUAUAGCUUGUUCCUGCAUGAGCAGUUGCAACUUCCUCAAACUUAUCCCAUGAGCGUAUGCUCCACCGGUCUUGAAUAUACGGUCAUCAUAGCAAAUAAGUCCAGUAUUUUGCAUUUGGAUUUGUCGCAGUGGAUUCUAGAAUAUGCUAGAAUGCUUCAGGACCAGGGUGGUAUAAGCACGACUCCGUCUUCGAGCCUCUCUAUAGUUCGCGAAUUGAUCAACAUUCCAUUACACCUUGGUGAUACACGUGAUCCCACGUUCCCUUGUACUGCUCACAACUGUGCUGUACAUCUAAUAUGCAAAUCUACAACUGCUGGAGAAACGUCUACGAUCGUCGUCUCAUCGUCCGAGGAUCCGCCAUUGGCUACUGCUUUCUUAAGGCAGAAAGCUGCUGAUCCAACGUGGUUUUUUUCUCAGCCUUCUUCCAUUCUAGAAAGCGCACGGUCACCAUUGAAUGAAAAAGUUCUAGAGGCCAUUCUGGUUAAAAAGGAACCGCUUCCUCGUAUCAUAACCACCAAGUCUCCGCUAGAAUUCUUGGAGAGCAUUUCCGACUACUUCAACACAGCUCAUAAAAAUCAGUUGGUAUUGGCUGCUGCUCUUGAAAUGAGCCAAGACAGGCUUGCUGCGUUGCUGAGAAUGGCGAAGCAACUGACCGAAAAACAAAACGACAUGAAUCAGAGGCUGCUUAAAGUCCUCCGUCAAAAUGUAUCCGUCAAGGAUAGAAAAGAGAAACUGCGAGUAGAUGUUGCGAAAUCGUUAGCACGUGCAGACAGAAUAUUUGCCCGAUCCCACGAUCAGAAACUAAGUGGCGAAGAAACAAAGCUGUUGGCUGCGCUAAAAGAGUGUCGAGCGAGAAUGCUUACUUACGCGAUGGAAACGUCAAAGCUGUCAUUGCAAGCUGCUGAGCUACAGCGAGAAGCGAGAGGCCCAGCCCGACCAUUCACUGCAUCAUCUGGCGCAAGUUUAUUCGUACUAGAGCACGGCGAAAAGGAAUUGGCUAAUCUCAAACAACGGUUAGAGAGUUUGUCUGCGAGAGUGGAAUCGUCUACAUUGAAUAGUUCCGAAAACAAGGAGAACAUAGACAAGACCAGGAAUUAA